CCGGGUGUUCUGGUAUACACAUUCCGUACUUAGGUAAGGUGUGUCUACAAUCGGUUUCAUUGCACACGCAGCGACUGAUGGAAGCUAAAAAUCUGCGUUUGAAGGCAUCGCAACUGAUAUUAGCGAAACGAGCAGACGAAGCUGAAGGAAAGCUGAGAAAGGCGUUGCAGGUACUUGAAAAUGCACACCGACUGCCUGUCGUACAAGCAGACCAAGAACGAGCCGACACUUUAGUCGAACUUGCCUUGUGUUUGUGCGAGCAACGAAGGUAUGCUGAAGCACGUGAUUAUCUGUUGCUGCAACAAGGUAUCCAAGAGAAAGCAGACAUUGGUGUAAAUGCGAAAGCUCAGCGACUGUUGGCCAGGUGUGCUUUGCAAAGUAGAAGUCUACAAAACGAAGAAGAUCUACUGAGGAAAUGUGCUUACUUGCAUGACAGAGCUACAAUCUUCACUCAUACUGAUGGGAGAAGAGCUAUUGCUCAUCAUUACUUGUCACUUUGUUUGAUGAUGAGAGGGAAUGCAGCAGAAGCUGACCAACACAUGAUGAUAGCCCUUGAAGGGUUCACUAGAAUUGCAGCAGCUACAGGACGGCAUUGGUACUCUGCUGCAGCUGAAGAGGCUGGUGAGACUCUGCUAACAGAGGAAACAUUUAAUGGGCUGACAAACAUGGGAAUAUACUUUCUCCACCAUGAUGACAUUCCUAGAGCACAUAAUUGGUUGUGCAAGAGCUUGGAUGUGAUGCCAGUUACUUACCACAAUACCGGAAAACAUGCUGAAGUUUUGCUGCAACUGGGUAUCAGUUCAUCAGAUCAGGGCCUGUUUGAUGAUGCAGAGCAAUAUGCACGUGAGGCUUUGUCUAUCAGACAUAAACAACAGGAUGUAACCAAAAUUCAAAUCUCAUCAGCGAUGAAUCAUCUAGGUAGAUAUCUUACCGUGCAGGGAAAAUACAAAGAAGCAGAAGAGAUGUUACAGCAGAGCCUUAAAGAGACUGAAGGCGAAUGGAAUGACACUAGAAGGAGUGCACUUCUCAGUCUAAGUCGUUGCCUUAUCGAGCAAAACAAGACAAUUCAAGCAAUGGAAAUAAUUAAUAUGUCCAAACCAACGGAAGCUGGCGAUGCUUUUACUAGAGCAAUUGCCAUGUGUCGCUUGGCCUUGUGUACUCAGAUGAGCCAAUACAGACGUGACGCUGUGGAUGAUCACAUGCGUGUAGCUUUAGGAGUAGCCGAAACUUGUACAAAGAACCAAAGGGCUAAAAUAAUGUUUAACGUUGCAGAAGUCUUGUGCCUUCAAGGUCACUGGCAAAAGGCUGAUAGAGAGCUGGAAAAAGCUCUUAAAAUAUGGGAAACUGUACAGCACUAUCACCCUUUUAUGGCCAAAGUAUUGUGUCGUCGUGGUGAGUGUUUUGCUGCUUUAAAUGACUGGAACGCAGCUGUGAAAGCAUUUGAGAUGUCUGGUGACGUUUUGGACAAAUGCCCUCAGAUACAUUCUGAGCAUCCCGAAAGAGGCAGAGUGCUCCUUGGAUGGGGAAGAGUUCUGGCAAGUCAGAAGGCAUGGGCUUCAGCUCUUUCAAUGUUGAUGAAAUCAAUAUACAUUCUAGGGAAAUCACUCGGAGCGCAUCCUAUGACUGUUGCUUGUGCCUAUGAAUUGAGUGCUUGCUAUUCAGCUAAAGGUAGUCCUGUUGAACCGACGGACAUACUUUUGAAAUGUCUACCAGAGAAUGGACCAGUUGCAGUAGAGCUGAAAUCUUCAGACAGAAAAGGUCACGUCACACGAGAAUUGCAAAGAGAAAACGAUCUGCUGAAAGACGAAAUUGGCAAGCUUCGGAAAGAACAACAACAACAAACGGAAGAACAACAAUUGCAACUUGCAUCACAAAUCAGUUCUCUUCAAAAGCAAUUAGCAACAGCUGUACAUGAGGGAGAACGUCAAAAACAAAGAUCAGUCAAAGAUUCAACAGAUCUCAUUGAAAACCUGCUGAACCAAUUGGACGAACAGAGACAUGUGAUGGAUCGGCAAGUACUUGAUGAACGUACAAGGAAGGAAGCCAUGGAAGCCGAGUUGAAGAGGGUACAAGAUUCACUGAGUAGCUUGCAAAGAGACAAGACUUCUACUCAAGCCAUCAUGAAAGAAAUGGAGCGUGAGUUAAACAGAUAUGAAAGUGUUUUAGAGAUUCCAAGUCAAGAUGUUUUCAUCAGUGAAAUCAAACUGGGAGAGGGAUCAUAUGGAGUGGUAAAAGCUGGCCAAUGGCAUGGAGCCAAUGUUGCUGUCAAAACCUUCCACCAACAUCUUGUCAACGAUCGUAAUCGUCAGUUGUUUCGUAGAGAAAUGUUACUCUGUGCUCACAUUCAUCAUCCUAGUAUUGUGUCUGUCUGCGGUGCUAUUAUAGACACUAAGCCAUACAGUUUUGUGAUGGAGCUACUGGAAGCUUCGCUGGAAGAAGUAACCAGCACAACCCAACUCACUCUCAAGGAAAAGAUAGACAUUGCUCUUGGAUGCCUUGGUGGUGUAAGUUAUCUUCAUUCUUUGAGACCAACAGCAAUCUUACACGGAGAUAUCAGGCCGACAAAUGUGUUUUUGACCUUCACAAUGGAGGCUAAGCUGGGAGAUUUAAAUACUGCACAUUUAGUAGGAGACUCUUUCUCUGUAGGUCCAGUCAGCGCUUCCUAUGUCGCUCCAGAAAGACGUCAGCAACAAGUUAGGCACAUUAUUCAUAAUACAAAGGAGGCAGAUGUAUACAGCUUGGGGUAUACCCUCGCUGAAUUGUUUAUUGGAUCAAAAGUGGACCAUGAUACACGGAACAGGCAGAUUCGGCCCAUUGAGCCUUUGGAAGUCCGUGAUGUAUGCACUAGGAUGGUCGCUGAAACCCCUGAUGCCCGCAUGUCCUGUGAGGAGGCUCUUAUCACUGUAAGAACGGUGAGGGCUAUGGAGGAGUAUAAGCAGUGCCGUCCUAAACGUGUUGUCAAAGGAGUAUUGAAGACAAGAGGAAACAUUCAAGUGACUGACAGCUAGUUGAUAUGCAAGUAACUACAGGAGACAUAUCCAUAUGUGACAUGGAAAUGUCUCAAACUGUAUUGACAAUGUGGAAGGUGGAAUCCAACCUAUUGCUGUGUUCUAAAAGUGUCCAUGAGUUUUGCUGCGAAUAGCUGGUGCCAGAAAUUGGAAAAAUUUUAACAUGAGCUGCAACCAGUAUUAGUGCUGUAAUACAUAUACUAGUGUAUGAUGUCUCAGAACCAAAGCUGAUGACCAAUUGCAAUGUACCUGCAUGUACAAAGUAUAUACUUACUCAGUAACUGGUUGAUAGCUUUACUUGCAGAAGCUUCAUAUCAUGCCCUUUGUACUG